AUGCAGCCGUUUAAAUAUACCCUUUCCAAUAAUGGAACCGUGACUGGUUUACAUUCUAUCCCUCCAUUAACGGCAUCGUCUAUCGAAUACCGUCCUGUGAUCGUUGGCCUUCACGGUGGAGGCUAUGAUAGCCAAUACUUUGACGCGACUCCGAACUACUCCGCCUCGUUAUUAAGUUUUUCUCUGGGGGUACCUUUCGUAUCUAUCGACCGUCCUUCCUAUGGUGGUACCACUUCCAUUCUUCCUAUUCCCGAGGGCUCCAGUUUUCCUCAAGAAACCGGCCUCUGGUUGCAUCAAUACAUUCUCCCAAAACUUUGGUCCGAAAUUGGCGUACCAAACCGAUGCAACUGUAUUGUUCUUCUAUGCCACAGCCUGGGCGUUAUGGGAGGUGUCGUGACAGCUUCUUUACACGCCCAAGAUGAAACAGCGUUAUAUCCACUUGGUGGUCUGAUUGCAAGUGGUAUGGGAGACAAGCAGUCCUUGUUUAUGAAGAAUUAUGCACCUUCUUUCCUAAUCGUCGACGCCGAUCAUGCAUUGUUCCCCGUAGACGCCAAGGACACUGUUAUGUUCAAGCCGGGGACUGUCACUUCAGAGAUUUUGGAGCAAUGCGAACGCCUCAAUGCGGUGUGUCCGUUGCCUGAAACAGCCGAAUUUGCACCUGGGUGGCUACCUAUAUGGAAAAAGAAGUGGGCAGCACAGGUGACAGCACCUGUAAUGUUCUCUCUUGUGGAAGAUGAUCCCUUCUUUGUGUCCACUGAGGAGGAAAUUGACACUUGCGUGCGGGCGUUCAAGAGCAGUACUCGUGUUGAUGCGAGCAUAGUGAGGGGUGCACCUCAUUGCAUGGAGCUGAGCAAGUGGUCACAAGGGUGGUAUGCCCGAUGUUUUGGUUUUGCGCUGGAAUGCUCUGCCAGUUUUCCACUUCUAAUUGAAAUGACACAGAAAAUGCGGUUUGGAGGUCCCCCGUCUGAGAUGAGAGAAAGACACUCCGGGUACUACUUGUAA